CCAUGUAACCCUCGCACAAACUUACAACCGAAGCCGGACGUGUCUCGUAAGCCACCGUCUAUCGACCACCAACCAAAAAUGGCUGAACCCUCCGCCACCCUCCCUCAUCACGACUUUUUGCCUAAGGUCAUUCAAGGUCUCUCCUCUCUCCUUCAUAGAGUUGCAGAGUCGAACGAUAUCAACCGCCGAUUUCAUCAAGCUCAGAAAACCUCAAUCUUCCAUGCACUCGCCAAGCCCAAUAUCUCAAUCCAAAACUACCUCGAAAGGAUUUUCACAUACGCCAAUUGCAGUCCUUCGUGUUUCGUUGUGGCUUAUGUUUAUCUCGAUCGGUUUAUUAAGAACCAGCCGAAUUUGCCGAUUAAUUCCUUCAGUGUCCACCGUAUGCUUAUCGCCAGUGUGUUGGUUUCUGCUAAGUUCAUGGACGAUGUGUUCUACAAUAAUGCCUUCUAUGCCAGAGUUGGAGGAAUCAGCACAGUAGAGAUGAAUGUUCUGGAGAUCGACUUCUUGUUUGGCAUCGGUUUCAAAUUAAACGUGACAGUGGAAACUUUCAACACUUACUGUCAUUUUCUUCAGACACAAGUUUUAGGUUCAACCUCUCUGCACUCUCCUGUCUCCAUUACCAAACAACUCAAGCUCCUCCAUUGUUUUCCAGAAGAUGACUCCUCCACCCAUCACAAGCAACUCGCUGUUUAAUUUAAUUUACCCACCAACUGUGAUUAACUUUUACUGUUAGAUUUUGUAGUAAAAUUCAUUCUAGCAGUGGGUGGGGAUUGACUUUUUUGCGGUUAAACUAGAACACAAUUGGCUUUCAGCUGAAUAUAUAUAUAUAUAUAUAUAUAUGUAUUCAUG